CCAGUGCAGCGCCUCGCCAUCGCCACCAGCCAUGUCGGCGCCAGAGGUGGAGGAGCCGUCACGUGCACGCCAGGAAGCGAAGCAGGAGCCUGAGUCGAAGCCGCUGCGCAAGUGGGUGGCCCUCGUCUCCAGCGUCGUCCUCCUUGGCAACGAGAACGAGAGGGACCAAGAGAUCGCCGUCAACGACGUGUUGCUCGACAUCAACGACCCGCCGCUUCCCUCCUACCUGGUGCUGCGCCAGCGCCACCGCGUCGGCCCCGACCCCAGGCGCAACCACGAGCCGCGGUCCGCCUACAUCCUCGCGGCCGACCGCUCCGCCUGCAUCCUCCUCCAGGUCGUCGAAGGCAACCGCCGGGACCUGUUCCUCUGCGACACCUACAAACGUGCCGUCACCAUCCUCCCCCGGGUGUCCUAUAUCCAGGCUUGCAAGGGCCACGGCAUCAGCCCCCACCGCAGCAUCGGCCUCAUCGCCGACCCGCAUCACCGCGGCCACUACGAGGUCGUCCAGCUCCACUCCAGCACCUCCGGCUCCGACAACCAACCCAACAGGCUCCUCUGCUACUCCACCGCCACACGCGGGUGGUUUACCAGGGGCCUCACCCUGCAACAGUCCCGCAUGCGCAAACCCUUUUCCGAGACCGGCGUGCUCGCCCACGACGGCCGCCUCUGGUGGCUCGCCCUAGCCUAUGGCGUGUUCUUCUGCAACCCCUGCACGCCCCUCUUCGAGCCCCGCCCCGCCCAGCUGCACUUCCUCCCUCUCCCGGCCGACUGCGUGCUCGACGUCUACGUCCCCUUCGAUCCCCUCGUCAAGACCCUCAUCGACCAGCGCCGCUGCGUCAGGCCCAGCGAGGGCAAGUUGCGCUUCGUCGAGAUCCGCGGUCUCUCCUACAACGAGUUCGUCGACGUAGCCCCGACUAACCCUACCGUAUGGAUGUGGACGCUCGACGACCCGGAGGGCCCGAACCCCUGGACGUUCGAGUACGAAGUGGCCUUCGCUGAAAUCUGGGAUGAUACCUACGCCGACGCGGGCCUGCUGCCGAGCAAGGUGCCCCGCGUCGCCCUCGUCGACCCCAACGACCACUACGUCGUCUACUUCUUCCAGGGCUCGAAGCUAUUCGGCUUGGACGCGCGCGACAAGAAGAUCGUCGCCUGCAAGGAAUGCCUGAUAGAGCGUAAUCAACAAAUGUUCCCAUCCUCCCGCCCCAUCAUCGAUGCAUGGGAGCUUCCGGGCGACGUCGCGACGAUGACUCUUCACGAGACAAUAAUGUUUGGUCGACACAGUCUUUACUCCGAGGAAAAGAAGCGCGAGGUGAUGGAGUCUAUUGACUAUUGCUUAGAACAGGCCCGGCUGGAGUGGGCGAGAGACGCAGACACGUCGGACGAAUCAUCUGUUAACACGAGUGGCCAAGCUGAUGAUGAGCCGGAGAUAUAACUCCCCCCUCUUCUCCGUGUCAACAUGUGGAAUUAAGCUUCUUCGAUCUUGUCUUUCGGAUACAUAGAGUAGAGCCUGUACCUUUUGUGUCAUGGACAUCUCAUCCAUUCUCAUCUGUGAUGAUGAAAGCCAAGGAACAAUCAUACUGGGACCAUUAGUUGUUAUGAAGAUGUGUGUCUAGUUCCAGUCAUGGAAUGUC